ACUAGGAGCAUGUCGAGCACGCUUCAGUUGCCGAGAAGAUCGACAGUCCGUAAAAAAUGAGUAGCGAGGGAAGAGCGACGAGCGGGCAAUACAUGCCUCGGAAAAAAAAGAAAUACAAGUUAAACAAAUACGUGGUACCAUUGAUCGUCGGAUUCCUCUUGAUAAAGUCGAUCCUCUUGCCGAUCGCGUUGAAGGCUCUCGCUGUUUUGAGUGGCAAAGCCGUUGUUCUAAGUCUGAUGAGUCUCAUUCUUGCUGCCAUCGUAGGUCUCAAGAAAGUUGCGCAAAGUUCAUCUAGCAAUAGUUAUGAUGUCGUCAAUAUACCGUCGAGCAAAUACAGGCGUAAAGAUGCUUACGACGUGGUGGAUGACUUUGAAGAGGAAGAACCUUAUAGAUUUUACAGAGAAUAUCGUAAGAAGAAGUAAAAGCAUAAAUGACACUUUCCCGAAUUGUUUAUUCACUUUUCCUUUGUCCCAAUUAUAUCAUGCAAAGGAUGUUAAUAAACAAAUUACGCGCGUUCAUACUAAUGCGGAAUAAUUUGUAUAAUUGUAUUAAUUUUGUAUAAUUAUGUUACUCUUUCGUAGCUCUUAAAUUUAAGAAGAUAUU